AUGUUCCCAGCUUCUCUGAACUACAGCAUGGGACAAAAACAUUCCGCGCUCAAACAUCGAUGCUGGUGGCCAUUUUUAGCUGAGUACCUAUGGGUUCUUCGGGUCGCCUCUUAUUAUGCUUAUCUCGGGGCGAACGCGAAGGAUGCGGGAAAAGUGAUUCCCAAGUCGACCAAGGACGUUGACAAUCUUAAUGGAAUCGCAACGGUUGAGGCUACCACCUCUGUUCCCAGCAAAGACGGGUGCCCACCGGGCACAGUACCAAUGAAACAACACUUGCGCCCCAUGUUGCCCUCGUCGAAGACUGGCUCAGGCGCUCAUCGAUCGGGGCCACUCUAUCAGGGACCCCGUGGGGGUAUCUACUCAGACAGCCCCUCUGUGGUCUUUACUGAGGAAGCGGAAAGUGCAUCGAAGAAGGCUAGGAAAUUAGAAACCAAGAAGAAUAAAAGGAACCGAGAAAAAGACGAGAUUGAUGACAUCUUUGGUUCGCUUUGA